GGGCGCUACCCAAAUUUGUGCACCCAUCUUUCUCUCACACAUACCAAAGUCCGUCUGCUUCGCCAAAGACAUUUCCUCUCAAGUAAUGGAGUCUCGGUAGGACGAAGCUAUCUGUCUGACUGCUUGGAAGUACAUCAAGCUUAUUUUUCUCCCGGAUUAAAUUACUGAAGAAUCUAAACACAGUCGCACAGACAAGAUGCCGGUCGCUAUGGGACCCUACGGACACGGACAGGCGGCUCAGCCGAGCUGCUUCGACAGAGUCAAGAUGGGAUUCAUGAUGGGCUUCGCGGUUGGAAUGGCAGCGGGUGCCAUGUUCGGAACCUUCUCCUGCUUGAGGAUUGGAAUGCGUGGCAGAGAACUGAUGGGCGGAGUUGGGAAGACCAUGAUGCAGAGCGGCGGCACGUUUGGCACAUUUAUGUCUAUUGGAAUGGGGAUCCGAUGCUAGAAAUCCAGCUCACAUCCACACACACACAAACAUACAUGCCAUUGCAUCAUGGAGGACUUGUCGAUAUGAUUUUGUACUUUGUUUCCCUUUUUCUGCCCCCGAUGCCACCCUGAUAGUAAUCAACCCAGAUGCUGCAGGAAAAGGGCAUUGAAUAAAGACUGUGAUUGGUAAACACA